CAUUUGUGCCCCUAGCUACCCGGAGAUCUGUCUUCCAUCUGUUCUCUCAACCAAGUGGAAAACCAGCGAAGGCAAGACUCUCGUAUCGAGAAAGACCGUCUCAAAUCCGGCGAAGAACAUUCAAUUUUCUUUUUUGGUUGUAGAUAUUUGUCAUGGAUUCUGCGAAAGAACGUGAGAAUUUCGUCUAUGUCGCUAAACUCGCAGAGCAGGCCGAGCGUUAUGAAGAAAUGGUGGAUGCCAUGAAAAAUGUCGCGAAACUGAACGUUGAUCUGACGGUAGAAGAGAGGAACUUGCUGUCUGUGGGGUACAAGAACGUGAUCGGUGCCCGUAGGGCGUCGUGGAGGAUUCUCUCCUCGAUCGAGCAGAAGGAAUCGGCCAAGGGGAAUGAGAUUAAUGCCAAGAGGAUCAAAGAUUAUAUGCAGAAGGUUGAAUCAGAGCUUUCGAACAUAUGCGGUGAUAUCAUGUCAGUGUUGGAUGAUCAUCUGAUUCCCUCUGCCUCACCUGGUGAAUCAACCGUCUUCUUCCACAAGAUGAAAGGAGACUAUUACCGCUAUCUUGCGGAAUUCAAGUCCGGCAACGAGAAGAAAGAAGCUUCUGACCAGUCCAUGAAAGCAUAUGAGACUGCUACCAGCUCCGCAGAGACUGAACUGUCACCUACUCAUCCUAUUAGAUUGGGUUUGGCCUUGAAUUUCUCCGUCUUCUACUACGAGAUCAUGAACUCACCUGAAAGGGCCUGCCACCUUGCUAAGCAGGCAUUCGAUGAAGCUAUCUCGGAGCUGGACACUCUGAACGAGGAAUCCUACAAAGACAGCACCUUGAUUAUGCAGCUCCUUAGAGACAAUCUGACGUUAUGGACAUCUGACAUUGCCGAAGAUGGAGAAGAUGCCCUGAAGAUGAACGGCUCUGCGAAAGUUGGUGCAGGUGGAGAUGAUGAUGCAGAGUGACGAACGCGUCCACCCACCUGUGGAAGGACAUGAUGAUGGAAGGAAGAAUGUGAGUGAAUAAUAGUGAAAGUUAGGGUUCCAUUGAUUCUGGAGGGACCUGUAUUAUCAGUGUCAUUGUACUCUCUCUCUCUCUGGUCGUCUGAUGUUUUUCAGUUUGAUCUUAUUACAUUGUAUGAUAACUUUCUUGGAUGAGGGCUUACUUGUGUAACUACUGCUUCAUGAUCUUUCCUUUCCUCCCUUUGUUUUAUGUGUUUUCACUUGAAUUUUUA